AUCUCGACAGCCCGCACCCACCAUGGCCGCCCCGUCGUACCUCAGGUCGCCCUUUGGCGCCCUGAAGAGGGUCAAGAUCUCUCCGCCAGCGGCAAUGGCUGCGGUGCCGUGCCAGCAGCGCUUCUACAACCGGACGCUGGAGGGCUUCCGCCUGGACAAUGUUGAUGUGGAUGACCUCGCCAAGAAGCGCGAUAUCCCGAUGCCACCCAGAGCGCAACCAGCGGACGUGUCGGACGCGCAACGCGAGAAGAUCGAGCAACUACGCCGGCCGCGCAACGUCGAGGCCAUCUUCAAAGCGCCACUGCGACGAACAGCCGAGUACGGGAUCCCGGUGUGCGACCUGCAGCUGCGGACCUUCAGCAUCCGCAACAUGGAGUUCUUCGCCGACUUUGCGAUGCGCGCGGCGUACUACCUGGGCCUGCCGGCCAAGGGCCCGAUCCCGCUGCCGCGGCGGGUCGAGCGCUGGACGGUGCCGGCGUCGCACUUCAUCUUCAAGAAGUCACAGGAGAACUACGAGCGCGUGACGCUGAAGCGGCUGAUCCAGAUCCAGGACGGGCACCCGGAGACGGUGCAGCUGUGGCUGGCGCUGCUGCGCAAGCACCAGUACCACGGCGUCGGCAUGAAGGCCAACGUGUUUGAGUUUGAGAAGCUCGACGUCAUCAAGGCCAUGGAUGAGGCGGCGCAGAAGGACGCCGACCGCACCGACAAGGCGUGGAAGGGCUUUGGCCGCCGCAAGGGCCUCGACCAGUCCCCCGAGGAGCUGGCCGAGUGGCUCAACGACGAGCAGUUCAAGCGCGCCGUCCACUCGGAUCCGCCCAUGAGCAGGAUGCAGCACGAGUCUUGAGCGCGGGGUGGGGGUUUGUAGAUGUACAUAUAUAUCAAAUACAUGGGUUUGUAGGAACAUCG